GACCAGGCCCUAAAUAUCUUCUACCACCAACAGUUGGCAUCCUCAAUCAUGAUCCUACCAUCACCAGGGCCCCUGGCUACUCAUUUGGCUCAAGAUAUUCAUAUUCAUAUUCUCAUGGACCUGGUCCUUACUACGUAGACAGUGGACUAACGAACACGGGCAAAGAAAACAGAAGCGGAUUUACGCUACAUGGACGACCGAAGCGAUCUAUUUGGGAAGCAGCCUCGUCUAACUCGCCUGGCCCAGUGUAUGCCAUCAGCAACAACAUAACGGACAGAAAACCACCAGCAUAUAGCUUUGGCUGCCCUUACAAACCCAGCUACAAGACAGAGGGGCCAGGACCCAACGCCUACAUCAUCUCUUCAGACCUGGUCAGAAACCACAGGGCAGCGCUGAUUGGAUGUAGGAAUUCGGAUAUAACGAGUUUCUCCUAUGACUACGCACAAACACCUGGUCCCGCUCACUACAGCAACACAACCCCGAAUGUUCUCAAUGGAAGCCCGGCAUUUACUAUGGGACACAAACUGAAAGCACCAACUUGCAAGCUGAUCACCCCAGGGCCAAAUAGAUACAACCCCGGACUAGAGUGGACCAAUCCCAGGUCACCUAGAUUCUCCAUGGGUAUACGUCACCACGAAGACAUUCUUACGCUGGCUGAGGUCAGUGAUUAA